GUGUUACCGUCUUACAUUAGGACAAGAUAACUUUCCAAUAUAAGGGGAAGAACAAUAGCCUUCGAACAUUUUGGAUGGUUAGCAAGCUUAUGACGUGUCUCGCUCUUCUGCUUCAGUUCAACAUUUUUACAGUAAGGGCACACUCUCUGCAUCUUCUUCGUCCUCAACACCACCAAACUCCUGCUCACUUGCCAUAAAAUGGUUUGGAGGAAGAGGAUUUUUGUAGAUGAUCACGGGGAAUAAGAUCGAAUAAGUUCUUGGUUUAUGCAGCCGACCCAAUCUUUUGGAAAUAAGAUUUUGGUAUCGUCGUUGAUGUCGUUUUUGUAGAAGGAUUGAUGAAGUUAAUUGAUGUAUUGUUAUAUAUUGAUGUGAACGAAGUUGGUUGAGUUAAUUGAAUUUUGUAUUAAAAAAUUAGGUUAUUACACAAUGACAAGUUCUAGGAGAAACACCAAGUUUUGUGAUAAAGCAAGUGCUGCUAGUGGGAGUUCUGCUGGUACUAGUAGUGAACAUUUUGAUCAUGAAAUCGCGCAACUCACAAAGCUUAGAUCAGGACCUAAUGAGUAUAUUAGUAAAUUGAUUGGUGGAAAGAAUAAGGAUUGGAUUUCGCCAGUGAAAAUGUUGGCUGCCCGUGAGAGUAAUUGUUUUCAAAAAUCAAAAUUCUCAAUGGCAGAUGGUUGUCAUAUGCUUAGUAGAUAUUUGCCUGUUAAUGGACCUUACUUGGUGGACCAAAUGGAAAGCUGUGCAUAUGUCUCGCAAUUUUCGUCUGACGGUUCAUUGUUAGUUGCAGGAUAUCAGGGAAGUCACAUUAGGGUAUACAAUGUUGAAAAAGGGUGGAAGGUUCAGAAGGAUAUAUUGGCUAGGAGCUUGCGUUGGACGGUCACUGAUACAUCUCUAUCUCCUGAUAAACGCUAUCUUGUUUAUUCAAGUAUGUCACCCAUUGUUCAUAUUGUUGACGUGGGAUCUUCAGUUACAGAGUCUCUUGCAAAUGUUACGGAAAUUCAUGAAGGUCUGUACUUAUCAAUAGUCGAUGGUGAAGACAAUGGAAAUAGCUUUAGUAUCUUCUCUGUAAAGUUCUCAACAGAUGGCCGAGAGAUUGUGGCUGCAAGCAGUGAUAACUCUAUAUAUGUCUAUGAUCUUGUAGCGAACAAGCGAACUCUCCGAAUACAUGCACAUGAGGAAGAUGUUAAUACUGUGUGCUUUGCUGAUGAAUCUGGUCAUCUGAUAUAUUCUGGAAGUGAUGAUAGCCUCUGCAAAGUGUGGGAUAGGCGUUGCCUCACAUCAAGAUGUCAACCUUCUGGAACAUUAAUUGGUCAUCUAGAAGGCAUUACAUUUAUUGACAGCCGUGGUGAUGGACGUUAUUUUAUAUCCAAUGGGAAAGAUCAGACUAUCAAACUGUGGGAUAUUCGUAAAAUGUCUUCUAACUCUGCAUGUGCUACUACACCAAGAAACUAUGAUUGGGAUUACAGAUGGAUGGAUUACCCUGAAGAGCUUAAGAAGUUAAGACACCCAAAUGACCAAUCUCUAGCAACAUAUAGAGGACAUUCAGUCCUUCGCACUCUAAUACGUUGCCACUUCUCCCCGGAAUACAGCACUGGUCAAAAAUACAUUUACACUGGAUCAAAUGAUGGGACUGUCUAUAUCUAUGAUUUGGUGACUGGAGCAUUGGUUUCCAAACUCAGUCAUCAUGAAACUACAGUGAGAGACUGUUGCUGGCACCCUUACCUCCCAAUAGUCAUAAGCUCAUCAUGGGAUGGGAUGGUUAUCAGAUGUGAAUUUCGAGGCGAUGAAGUAAAUCCGCCUCCUCUUAAGCGAAGACGUCGUAGAAGAUACUUGAUAUAAACUUAGCAUUGGCCGUGGAUCAAGCGCACUGACUUUAUAACAAGAGUUGUAAAUUCUGAUGACACUGGUUUGUAGAUUAUAGAUAUUGUGUUGUAACGUAUGCUGGUUUUUUUUCUUCUUUUAAACUAUUUCCAUGGAUAAUGUUAGAAGAUAUCAUAAUUCCUUAAUUAUGAUAAUCUUAACUAAAAUCCCAGCCUAUCGCCUAUGUAAGCAAAAUGCACAAAACAAAAAAAUAAAAGGCUGUUUUCUUGUUAAAAUAAAUGCACAAAACCGCUAUUUAAAUGACGGUAGGUUGGGAAUUUUGUUAAAAAAGGUCAUAAUUAAAGAACUUAAUUGAUAUAUUCUAUCAUUUUGUAUGGAUAUUGUUUAUUUUUUAUGGCACUAAAGUCAUGUAUCUUGACUUGUUUGUUCCUUGCUAUUGUCUUGAAAGCCUAUUGUAAAUGUAAUCCAGGAACCAUCCUGAGAAUAUGAUCCAAAACUAACUACUUCCUUGGGUUAUUUUUAAGUGA